GGGGGACCGCUGGGUCACCAUGGAGGCGGUAUUAAUGGUGGAAUUCACGGUGGAAUCGGUCAAAAUGGGAUCGGAGGCCCACAGCAAGACCAAAAACACGUAUACUUCUUCGCAGCACCAGACGAAGAGGAGGUUUCGCGUUUACGCAUUAAUAUCGCACCGAACUCCCAAAGGAAUACAAAGAUUAUUUUUGUCAAAGCUCCGAGUUAUGGAAACGUGGUGCCUGAAGUGAUAGCGCCGCCGUCGCUGGCAGAAGACAAAACGUUGGUGUACGUUCUAACCAGGAAACCUGAUCAAGCAGGACAGAUUACCAUUCCGGCGGGAACGGGUGUGAAACAGGCGAAGCCCGAAGUGUACUUCAUCAAAUACAAAUCCCCGCAAGAUGCACAGGCGGCCAUCAGCGGCGGACUUAACGGACAAAGUGUUGGAUCAAACGUGCCCGAAAUCGGCAACGAAUCGAGCUUUGUGAGAACACUAGAAUCGGCGGUGCGUACGCAAGGGGUUGGAGGCCUCGACGGGAACUUCGGCGGAAACUUUGGAAAUAUCGGCGGAAAUUUCGGGGGAACGAUAAACGGUGGCGGCCACUAUGGACCUCCGGGAGUGAGUGGGCCGUAUUGAACAGGCAAAAGUACAAAUUUGUAAUUUAAUGUAAUGGUACCUAGGUAUAUA